AUGCGCGCGACCCUCGUCCCUCCGCCUCCCGCCCGAGCCCUGGGUCUGGUCGUCGCCCUCGUCCUCGCCAGCGUCGUCGCCGCACAUGGCGGCGAUCACGGCCAGAAGCCCAUGGUGGACAAGGACGCCAACUGGAUGACCAAACACAUGGCCGAGGAGCACCACAUGGGCUCCUGGGACACCGACUCCUUCUUCGCCCUGCACGACUACAAUGGCGACUCGGUCUGGCAAAUCGACGAGAUCCAGCGCACCUACGGCCUCAUGGACCCGUCCAACAAGGCUCUGACGGUCGAGCGCAAGGCGCAGAUCACGCACGAACUCAUGACCUUGCUCGAUCACGACGGCGACGGCACCGUCUCCCACCCCGAGUGGUCCGCCUUCAUUGCACAGGGCCACACCCUGCCGGACAUGGGCACAGGGCCCGGCCACCACGGCGACGACGAGUACGAGUACGAAAUUCACCACUGGGAAAAGUACCACGACGAGAACACAAAGCUCGAGGACCUGACGCAUCCCGAGGACAUUGAGCACUUCAAGAUGCACGAGGAACUCGAGAAGGCCCAAGAGCAGCAGGAGGCAAUGGACAAGCGGCCCAUUAUUGAGGAGAACAUUCCAGCCAAGUUCCGCCGGCGGAACUAG